AAUGUCAUUUAAUACACUGAAAGAGCAAGACUAAUGGGGUAGGGUUUCAAAAGCAGCCAAGAUGAUACGGAAAAGUGUCACAGUAAGCAAAAAGGGGGCUGGGGAAACACCAGAGUCGAAGCACUAGGGUACAAGUAGUAGAGCAUCUUCCUAUGUUGUUUGAAGGGCUGUGAGGGACAAGCAGAACGUUCUCCUGUUUUGUUUUCAGAGUGCUUGAGGUGGAAUACACCCCCACGAGAAGCAGCAGAGCAGUCUGUGCUGUGCAGAGGGAUGGUUCGACUGACAGCAGAGCUGAUUGCCAGAAGCGUGGCUCAGAGGAACCGCAGCCAGGAGAGCCUCGGGCAGCGUCUGCGGAAAAUAACUCACCUGAAUUUAUCUGACAAAAACAUAGAUGUGAUUGGUGACUUCUCCCUGUGCAAAAACCUUAGAGUUCUGUAUCUGUACGAUAACCACAUCAGGCAAAUCCAGAACCUGGACUUUGCUUCCAACAUGACCCACCUUUACCUGCAGAACAACUGCAUUGCAGCCAUGGACAACCUCUCCUCGCUGAAGAACCUUGAAAAACUGUACCUGGGGGGCAACUGCAUCGCUGUGGUAGAGGGUUUGGAUAAAACUGACAAAAUAAGAGAGUUACACAUCGAAAGCCAACGCCUGCCCCUGGGUGAGAAGCUGGUGUUUGAUCCACGAUCUCUCAGGUCCCUGGCAAAAUCUCUGACUGUGUUGAAUAUCAGCAAUAACAACAUUGAUGAAUUGGAAGAGCUGGCAGUGCUGGAAAAUCUUUCUUAUCUCACAGCAGCUGACAAUCAGCUUCGGUGCAUGAAGGACUUGGAGGUGGCAUUAAACAAAUGGACAAAGCUCUGCAGAAUGGACCUUACAGGGAACCCCAUCUGCCAGGAACCCAAGUACAGGGACAGGAUUGUGGUACAGUCACCAGCUUUAGAAUCCCUCGAUGGGAAAGAAAUAAAAGAAGUGGAAAGACAGUUCCUAAUGAAUUGGAAAGCCUCCAGAGCUGCCAGGAGAAAACCCAAGGAGAGAAUGACAAAUGGAAGUACAGCCUGUCAGCAUUUCUCUGACUCUGAAACCACUUAUCCUGCUGCUCCCUUUCCCUCUGCAAAAGGAAAACCAAGUGCUUUAGUUUUGCCUGAGAUGCACAAAGUUAAAAGAGAGACUCUGCCAGGAAUCCUGGAAACAAAUCAGUCAGACAAAAUGUCAGCCUUCCUUGCCGUCCAGCCGCCCGUGCCCAGCAGAGCCGCCUGGGGGGGGCUGUGGCUACCGGCCCCGGGGCAGUUCGGGCAGCGGGGCCAGGGCAGGGCUGUGGGUACCGGCCCCGGGGCAGUUCGGGCAGCGGGGCCACGGCGGGGCUGUGGGUACCGGCCCCGGGGCAGUUCGGGCAGCGGGGCCACGGCGGGGCUGUGGGUACCGGCCCCGGGGCAGUUCGGGCAGCGGGGCCACGGCGGGGCUGUGGGUACCGGCCCCGGGGCAGUUCGGGCAGCGGGGCCACGGCGGGGCUGUGGGUACCGGCCCCGGGGCAGUUCGGGCAGCGGGGCCACGGCGGGGCUGUGGGUAGCAGGCAGCGGCCCCGCUGGACGGGCCGGGGGCAGGCGCCGGCUCCCCAGCCGCCAGGGUCGUCCCUCCCGGCCCUACAGUGUCCCUUCCCGGGACUCCCAGUCAUGGGCACAGAUGAAGUCCCCCAUUUCCUUGGCUGCAGCCCCAGCAGCGAGCCGCUCCGGCUAUGAUUUAUCGCGUUCCCGUUAUCGCGCCAUCGCGCCCCGCUCGCAGGGCUUGUCUGGGCCAGCUCCACACCCUCGCUAUUUGUUUUGA